AUGUCUCGAUUUAUAAGUGCCAUUUUUGGCCGAUCACAGCAAUACAAUCCUCUUCCCAAUACAAACUCGGCUAUGCUUCCCGGCGCUUUUCCGGGAGAGGAGCCCAUAGCUCCAAAUAGUGGUAGGAAUAGUACCAAUUCCAGUUCUAUGAACCACUUUUUCCAGAUAGUACUAUACUGGAUCAACUACUUGCUCAUCAAACCGAUUAUAAUAUUCAUCAUUAUCAGUUUGCGUAUACUAACUAAGUUUCUUAACAUUAUAUAUUUCAAAGAUCAAAACUACCAGUCUCCACCUAUUAGUGUUACAGAGAAUGGAGCUCCCGUUCCCAACAAUCAUAGCAAUGAUCCUAUAGAUAAGGUGAAUAGAUUUGUUCGUGACUUAGAAGAUAAUCUCACCGCAGAACAGAUAUUACUGGAAGGGGAGUAUUUGCCUCCUUUCUACCAAGGUAGCUAUACGCAAGCCUUGUACAUGACUACGAACAGAGCCAAGUUCUUGUUUGUGUAUUUGACCAAUCCCCAUAAUGAAAGUUCGUCUACACUUUUCAAGAAGGUAAUUACAAAUCCCGACUUUAUUAAUUUAUUCAAAAGCAAGGAUAUCAUCAUUUGGGGAGGGGACUUGACGAAUCCAGAAGCUUAUCAAUUAGCAAACAGUUUGAAUGUGACAAAGUUUCCGUUUUUGGGGCUCUUAUGUUUAACCAGAACAACUAAGAUGUCUCCGCAAGGUCCUAUAAAGACUAGUCCGAAGAUAUCGUUGAUUCUGAAGAUUCAAGGAGGUUUCAGUGAAGAUGUAGAUGUCAGGGUUUUGAUCCAGAACAAGUUUCGCAAGAAGAUAGGCAAGUAUGAACAAGAGUUAUCGCUGAUUAGAUCAGAAUUACGGGAUACUUUCUUGAACCAAGUAUUGCUCAAACAGCAGGAGCUAAACUACCAGGAGUCGUUAGCAAAGGACAGAGCCAAGAAGUUGGCUAAACAGAGGGAACAUUUGAGGAAGCAGUACUUGCUAUACCGUGCCGACUAUUUCAGACAGUUGAAAGCGGACAAAAACGCUGCUGGAAAGGCCAAGAUUGCCAUAAAAUUCACCAGUGGGAUCAGGACAACUUUCCUAUUCCCAGCAGAGUCAAAGGUAGAUGAUAUCUUUAUGCUUGUAGAGUUGAUCAAUAGGGGAUACUUGGAAGACGACAGUGCUAUCACAACUAUUAGUACAGAGGAAGCAGAGUCGAAGUUUAAAGAUUUCACCAUGGACUACAAGUUCAAGUUGACUUCGCCAUUACCACCACGGACGUCGUUGAACGAUGUUAUAGAUUGCCAGAUCAAGGAUGUAGGCGUGGUUUAUCCCAAUGGGGUUUUGAUAGUGGAAGAUUUAUAG